UAAUAACUCUAACUAACCCUUAAUAACUCUAACUAACCCUAACGGUAACUAAUGGUGACUAAUAAUUGGCCAGUAGCGCCGCCUGGUGGCAGAACCACUGAACUGACUGUAUACAGUCUGAUGAUGUCAGCACAUGUUGUCUAAACACGAUCUGCUAAACAAACACUGAACAUCACGACUCUCCCUAUAAACUUUAUUGAUCAGAACAUCAGCAGUGAGACAGACCUGUAUUAUUGAUCAGAAUAUGAGCAGUGAAACACACAAGCCAUCACUAAGUGCAACUAAUGAUUAUGCUCACUAUCAAUGAAUCUGAUCAGUUUAUUUUAUCUACAAGAUCAGUUAUCUGAAAGUAAAUAUUGAAACGUCCUGUUCUUCAUUUUACUGUCACAUGAAAAAAGAGCAGCAGCUGAGAAGAUAAACGGAUACUUUAUUGAUCCCAAAGUGAAAUUAAAACUAACAACAAAUAAUUCAUAAUAAUCAAUUAUCAGAACAGUUGCUGAGUCAUUUCCUGUCGCGUGAUUGACUCCUUGAUUCAUCUCUGGUGCAGGCAUCAUUGACGCGGACGGUUAUACUUCUAUUAAUAUAAUAAUUACUAUAAUGAUUAUACUUAAAUCUCAGAGUGAGUGACAUCAUGAUGACGUCACACGGCUAGGUCCUGUGUACAGCAUCAGGGCACGCGCCGCAGAUCUGCGUACGUCACGUACUGUUGGACCAUGUGACCAGCUCGUGCCCUCUCUCUGUGAGGCCCGAGCACAGGCGGAGGACGCAUGCGCGAGAGGCAGUGAUCCGUUUGGCCCGCGCCUGCGUGCCCUGCAGUGUCCGCGUGCCCUGUGCUCGUCCUCAGCAACAACAACAACAACAACCGGACAGAGUUUACCGGCCGCCGGUGCGCUGACCCCCCUCGAGGAGCACCCUGACACUGGGCCGUAGUGACGGUUCCGGUCUGAUCCCGGUCUGAGGAUCUAAUCCAGUCGGUAACGUUAGCCCGGGACCCGGAGCCGCUGCGGUCUGAAGAGGACCGGAACUCGGUGUCGGUUAAGGGUCCGGGCUCAGGUUCACCCCGGACUGUGGAGGUUCACAGAUGAACCCGGUCCCGUUGUGUCCGGUGCUGACAGUCGGUCUGCCGUCUGUCCUCCCGGUGAGAGCAUCACGGUGCGUGCACACGCCCUGGCGCGCGUGUCCGCGGUACAAGAGAUGGCGGAGACAGUGAAGUACGUGGACGACGAACAUAAGAGCAUCUUCCUGAAGCUGCUGAACGAGCAGCGACUGGAGGGCGAACACUGUGACAUCGCUGUGGUGGUCGAAGACGUCAAGUUCCGCGCUCACCGCUGUGUGCUGGCGGCCUGCUCCAACUACUUCAAAAAACUCUUCAAAAAGCAUGAGGUGGACAACUCUUCUGUGAUCGAGAUCGACUUCAUCCGUUCAGACAUCUUUGAGGAGGUGUUGAACUACAUGUACACCGCCAAGAUCUCGGUCAAGAAGAGAGACGUCAACCUGAUGAUGUCAUCAGGACAGAUCCUGGGGAUCCGCUUCCUGGAUAAACUCUGCUCUCAGAAACGAGACGUGUCAUCAGAGGAUAAAGAGAAGUUCCCCUAUGACAUCGUGAAGAUGGCGCUGCCGCCUGAAGCUCAGCUGGCUGCUGACGCUGAGGUGCUCGGUGAGCAUGAUGACACGCCCACCACUGAUGACCUUGUUGAGGCCUCGGCCAAUCAGGAGUUAGAUAAGUCUCCCAGUGCGGCGCUGCGUGUCCAGGAAGCCAUCCUGAAAGAACUGACCAAUGAGGACAUACAUAAGGUGACGUGCUACGACCAGGAUGUGGUGACAGAGAUGGAGGCGGAGCCUAAAGAGCUGGGGGCGGAGCACCAUGGCACCCAGACGCUGACAUUUGCAGACAGUAUGGGGGAGGUGAAGGACGAGCAGCCGCCCGGCUGGUCGACAGCGACGACCGACAUGAAGUUUGAGUACCUGCUGUAUGGACACCGAGAGCAGCUCGCCUGCCAGGUGUGUGGGAAGACCUUCCUGGAUGAGACCAGACUCAGGAAACAUGAGAAGCUUCAUUCAGCAGAGCGUCCCUUCGCCUGUGAGAUCUGCACUAAAGCUUUCACCACCCACGCUCACCUGAAAGAACACCUGAAGAUUCACACGGGCUUCAAGCCGUACAGGUGUGACGUUUGUGGGAAAUCGUUCAUUCGAGCUCCAGACCUGAAAAAACACGAACGAGUUCACAGCAACGAGCGGCCGUUCGCCUGUCAGAUGUGUGAAAAGGCGUUUAAGCACAAGUCCCACCUGAAGGAUCACGAGAGGAGACACAGAGGAGAGAAACCGUUCGUCUGUCCGUCCUGCACGAAGGCCUUCGCCAAGGCGUCUGAUCUGAAGCGUCAUGAGAACAACAUGCACAGUGAGAGGAAGCAGCUGAACCCUUUACAGAGCGACACAGAAACACUGCAGGCCGCUGCCAUGGCUGCUGAGGAGCAACAUCUGGACAACAUCAGCUGCUCCUAACACCUGGAGGACGUCAGCUGCUCCUAACACCUGGAGGACGUCAGCUGCUCCUAACACCUGGGCGACGUCGGCCACCCCCAACACCUGAACGACGUCGGCCACCCCCCAACACCUGAACGACGUCGGCCACCCCCCAACACCUGGACGACGUCGGCCGCCCCCCAACACCUGGACGACGUCGGCCGCCCCCCAACACCUGGACGACGUCGGCCACCCCCAACACCUGAACGACGUCGGCCACCCCCCAACACCUGAACGACGUCGGCCGCCCCCCAACACCUGAACGACGUCGGCCACCCCCCAACACCUGGACGACGUCGGCAGCCCCCCAACACCUGGACGACGUCGGCCGCCCCCCAACACCUGAACAACGUCGGCCACCCCCCAACACCUGGACGACGUCGGCAGCCCCCCAACAUCUGGACGACGUCGGCCACCCCCCAACACCUGAACGACGUCGGCCACCCCCCAACACCUGGACGACGUCGGCAGCCCCCCAACGUCUGGACGACGUCGGCAGCCCCCCAACAUCUGGACGUCAGCUGACUCUGAUCAGUCUCAGUUUAUUAAUAAAAGUAUUUUUCUGUAUCUAUAUUGAUUGUUUUUGUAAAGUCUGGUGUUUCUUUGCUGAAUCAGUGAACAUGAACUGACUCUAACAUGAACUGAUGACCUCAGCGAUCAUGUGAUCAACACGUUAAACAUGGACGCUUCUCCUGCGCCUUCAUGUAUGAUUUGUAAUUUUGUCUGUAAAUGUUCAGGAUGUUUUUCAGUCUGAACCAAACUGUACAGAAAACGGUCGAUUUUGAAGCUGUUGGUUUGUGUUGUAAAUAAAACUGUUGCUCUGUUCAGUUUAAUGAGCAGAGCUGCUGCGUUUUAAACCUUU